GCAAGACAAUCCAUCCACGCAGUCAUUCCCCCUCCCAGCACCAUGCAGCUCUCAACCAUCCUCCUCGCUCUAGCUAGCUCUCCCGUCCUAGCCGGUGAAACGAUCAAUCAAGAGCCUUUCCUGAUGAAAAAUUGCGACUACAUAACCAACACUGAGCACGGCGACAAAGGCAUCAAAUGGGCGUCUUACGAGAAGAAUCCUCAGAACGUCUAUGAAGCUUCCAGCAAGCUCAUCACUAACUGCAAGGUCCUCGGUAUGUCGGAACCAAAGUGCAGUGUCAUUGACAUGAAUCUCUGCUAUGGCUACCAGGACCUCGUUGUGGUUCCCCAAGAGAACGGGAAUUACAAGCGUUCUUGUCACAGCAUCAACUUCUUUACAGAUGGGAACGAAACAUUGAGUUGCGAGGGAGAGCAGGGAACCCAAAGUGUCAGAUUCGAGAACAACCUCAUGGUCACGGAUAAGGGGAACCUCGUGUGCUUUGGACAGGAGAGUAAAGCUUGUGACGAUCAGGCUUGGAAAGCAACACACGGAGAGGAUUGA